AUGCCGACCUUCACAGCAGCAGAUACGAUACGAAUUCUAAUUGCCACGGACAGCCAUGUGGGAUACGCAGAGAAUGAUGCUGUGCGAAAGGAUGACAGCUGGAGAAGUUUCGAUGAAGUUAUGCGUCUAGCAAAAGAUCAAGAUGUAGAUAUGGUUUUACUCGCCGGCGAUCUCUUCCACCAUAGUCAACCUUCUCGAAAAGCCAUGUAUCAAGUCAUGCGCUCUCUACGAAUGAACUGUCUCGGAGAGAAGCCCUGCGAGUUGGAAUUACUCAGCGAUGCAAACGAUAUUUUUGAUGGUUCAUUCAAUCAUGUCAAUUAUGAGGAUCCGGAUAUCAAUGUUGCUAUACCAGUAUUCUCUAUUCACGGAAAUCAUGAUGAUCCAGCUGGAGAUGGCAAUUACUGUGCUUUGGAUUUGCUUCAAGCUUCUGGAUUAGUCAAUUACUUUGGUCGAACGCCUGAAGCCGAUCGUAUUCAGAUUAAGCCAGUACUUUUGCAGAAAGGUCAAACGAAGUUGGCUUUAUAUGGCAUGAGUAAUGUGAGAGACGAGCGUCUUCAUCGUACAUUUAGAGAUGGCCAUGUCAAGUUCUUUAAGCCCGGAGUACAGCCAAAGGAUUGGUUCAACAUUAUGGCAGUUCAUCAGAAUCACCACGCUCACACCGAAACGUCAUAUUUACCAGAGAACUUCCUUCCUGAUUUCCUGGACUUAGUCGUCUGGGGUCAUGAGCAUGAAUGUCUUAUCGAUCCUUCCUACAACCCCGAAACAUCUUUUCACGUCAUGCAGCCUGGAUCUUCUGUAGCCACGUCUCUUGUACCUGGCGAAGCCGUUCCAAAACAUGUCGCCAUCGCCAGCAUCACCGGAAGACAAUUCGAAGUCGAAAAGAUCCGCCUUAAAUCCGUCCGACCCUUCAUUACGAAAGAAGUCAUCCUUGCCACCGACAAACGAACGAAACAUCUCGCCAAAGUAAAGGAUAACCGCACAAAACUCACCAAAGAACUUAUUACUAUCGUAGAUGAACUCAUAGAUCAAGCACGCGCCGAAUGGAUCUCCCUCCAAGAUGAGCCAGAAGAAGAACUCGAGAACAUCCCCCUCCCUCUCGUCCGCCUCAAAGUUGAGUUCACCCCACCAGAGGGUGGUAAAUUCGACUGCGAAAACCCUCAACGCUUCUCCAGCCGCUUCAUAAACCGCGUCGCCAACAUCAAAGAUGUAAUUCAAUACCACCGCAAAAAAGCCGCCACAACCCGUAAAUCCGCCACCGAAAUUGACCUCCCAGAAGAAGGAACCCUCGCCCAAGUCGCUGGUUUCGACGAUGUAAAGGUCGAACUUUUAGUCAAAGAAUUUCUCGAGAAACAAUCCCUUCAAGUCCUCCCCACCACCCCCUUUGGUGACGCCGUAGGCCAAUUUGUCGAUAAAGAUGAUCGUCACGCCAUGGAAAUCUUCGUACAGAAAUCGCUCAAAGCCCAAGUCGAAGAACUCAUCAAACAAGCCAACGGCGCAGACAACGACGUCGGAGACGAAGAUGAAUACCUCAACGCCGCCAUGGAAAAGUUUCGUGCUCAGCAAGAAGCACUCGCUGCUCGAUCAGGAGUCAAAUCUCAAAAACCAGUCAAGAAACUCAAACCUAAACCUCGACCCGCAGAUUUCGAUUCAGAUGUUGAUGGAGAAUGGGGUGAGAAGGUCGAACAAUGUGAGACGGAUCAUGGAGGGGACAAAGAUGAUGAUAGCGAUGAGGCGCCGCCUGCUCCUCCACCCAAACGCGGGAACAGUAAAUCGACAAGUGGAUUCCUAAUCAGCGACGAAGAUUCCGACGAUCCGUUCGCCGAACCUAAACCCGCUUCCAACAGGGCACCAGCUAAACGCGCCCCCGCCAAGAAACCUGCCGCUCCUAAAAAAGCACCAGCUAAAAGCACAGCAAGAGGUAGAAAAAAGGCACCCGAGCCCGAACCUAGCGACGAUGAAGACGAAGAUGUCGAAAUGGAGGAAGCGCCCCCGUCUUUAGCGAAACCCAAGAGUCAACCGAAGAAAGCGGCUGCUACCAGGGGAAAACAAUCCCAAUUAAGUUUUUCGCAGGCGAGUCAGGCAGUGGGAGGGGGUGGCGGAAGAAAAAAACAUGUGGUGGAGUUGAGUGAUGAUGAGAUUAGUGAGGAUUAUGAUGAUGCGUUUCAGCCAAUGAGUGCGGUUAGUGCUGGGAGGAGAGGAAGGAGAUGA